GCCACAUCCAGUUGUUGAACUUGCAUAUCUUUGCGGCGGCAGUCGCCAUCCCAGGGGCAAUAAUUCCCAGGGGCUGCUUCGUGCAGCAGUAUCCUCCAUGCAGCCUCGUGCAUAACGAGCGCCGACGGCUGCGGCGGCUCGUGUGAGACACGCACUGGCGCAUGCUCCGGCCCUUUCGGUUCAGCGCGUCGCUCAUCGCGAUGUCGCACGCCCAUGCAAGGCCUGGCCACGGCGCUGUGAUCGAGUAGCCUCUUGACGCCAUUCUGCACCGCCGUUGCCUUGCUCUGCGGCUGGCUGCGCCACAGCUGCCGAGAUGCCAGCAUGAUUGUGCUAGGCCGUUCGAUGGUACUCGUUUAGGAGAAUUCCAACAAGAUAUUCCUUCAAAACAAGGUUUAUAAUACGGUUACGAGGGAGUAGUCCGGGAAAUAUCACUUGCGCUUGCAUCUAUCAACGGCGCGGGCCAAUCACCGCGACCAAGGAAUUCAGCGGAUGCACUUCCGCAUAGCAGUCAUUUGCCAAUUCGCCGACGAUGGCCAAGCACUUGGUCCUGCUAGCGGCGCUGGCGCUCGUCGCCUCGGUGGCAGCGAUCGAUGCGACCGACGACUCGAUGAACACGUGCACGGGCGGCGGCGCCUUUGGCAUGUUCCGCCGCCAGCCCGGCUGCGCGAUCAACAACUGCCAGUGCUUUCCCGUGCUCUUCCAAUGCGACGCGACGCUCGGCGACGGCAUUGGCCAGUGCGUCCUCUCGAACUCGGGCUGGGCGUUUAUGAUUGCAGUGCUCCUCAUCAACCUCAUCGUGCCGGGCGUGACGCUCCUCAAGCACGCGUACGAGGACGGCAAGGUCACCAAGCAGCAGCGCGCCAACAAGCACAACAUCCACAACGUGGCGCACGGCGAGACGCAGCUCUCGCUGCAGGACGACGUCGCGCCCGCCGAUGGCAUCAUCCCCAACAGCGAGCUCUACAUCAGCCUCAAGAAGUUUGGCAAGAGCGUCCCCGACACCGCGUACGGUCUCGACACGACCGCCAAGAUCUUCAUGGAGACCAUGUCCAAAGGUUGGAUCCAGUAUGUGUUCUACUCGCUCAUUGCUGCGUUCGCGUUUUGCCUCCUCCUGCUCUGGGUGCCCUUCGAGAUGGCGCAGACCAACGUCGUGCUGCACCCGACGGCCGUCGUUUCCGUCAACAGCUCGUCGUACGACCUGCACACGGCCGUCAACACGAACCUGCCGACCGCGAUUCGGUUCGUAUCGCUUGAAGGCGACUUUUGCGCGUCGUCGGCCAACUUGCUCGCGCCCAACGGCCUCAGCACGCUCCACGUGGCCUACGACAUGGCGUUCAGCGUCGAUGAGAAUGCCAUUUUGCAGUCGUUUGACGGCGCCAAGUCGCUCGGCUGCACCUGUGUCAACGGCGUCUGCGCGCUCGUGCCGUCGCAGUCGUCGACGAUCGACGGUCUCCUCCCGCUCGUGUACUUUCCAUGGUACCAAGACAUCUCCAAGCCGUUUGCGCUAGAGAAUAAGAACCACUCGUUCGAGCUCAACGCGACGUUCACGAUCUCGGCGCCGGGCCGGCCGCAGUCGACAGCGUUGCAGCCGAUCCCGACCUUGUCGCUUGUCGCGCACCACUCGUACGUCGAGAAGAUCACGGACGCUGUCGACUUUGUCGUUUGGGUCCUCGACUUUGCGUUCUUCGGCCUCUGGUUCUACCUCAACCGAGCGGCCAAGCAGCCCAAGGAUUCGCACAACAUCCCCGAGCGCAAGGUCGUCAUCUUCAUCCUCUUCACCAAUAUCCUCAGCUCGGUCCCGAUCUUCUACCUCUCCAACUGGUUCAACAUCCACGCGACGAACCAAACCAUCUACCUCUUCUCGCACGUCUGGACGUCGUCGGCGACCGGGCUCUGGCUCCUCGGGCUCCUCUUUGCGAUCGACAUGCAGCGCAAGCGCGUCUUCACGUUCCGCUUCGUCUGCGUCAAAGUGUCGGUCGGGCUCUUCGGCCUCAUCACGUACAUUGUCUCGUUCUACUUGGCGCCCGUGUACAUUUCGUCGAUCGUCGACUUUUUACUCGCGAUGCUCGCGGCCGCCGUCUUUCGCGGUGUCAUGGUCAACGUCCGCAACCAGCUGCGCAACCAGAGCUACAUCCGGACGCGGCCGGAGCAGCUCACGGCGCGCCUCCUCUACUACAUUGGCAUGGCCGUCACCUACAUCUUUAUCGCGGUGGCGAUCGUCGCGGACCCGGUGCCCCGCGUCUCGACGUUCAUCUCGCGGUAUGCACUCAUGACGGACCUCUCGAUGCAGAUCAUGCUGCGCACGUGCACGUGGGUCAUCCUCCUCGUCUUCCUGCCGCCCACGUACGUCAACCCGGCCAAGGCGGUGUACUAUGGCCGUGAACGCUCGUCGUUGCCGCACUUGACCAACGGCGCGAUGCGCGAUUUCGAACUUGCGCACCUCAAGCAAGCGGUGGCCGCGCAGUCCAAGACCUUUGUCGGGCAGUCGUACGGCGGGAGCGAUGUGAACGCGUGGAAGGCGCCGCAUGCGUUCUGCAUCGAGACUGGCGUCCGCAUGUACAACAUGGCGACGGCCGUCUACGAGCCGUUGGACCUCGACGUGUUUGCGCAAGACGAGCUGAGCUUGGUGACCGAGCUCUACGACGCCGGCACCGACACGUACGGCUACGUGCUCCGCGGCCACCAGCGCAUCGUGGUCGUCUUCCGCGGUACGGCGAGCGCCAAGAACGCAGUGACCGACGUCAAGUACAACCUCGUCGCGACCGACUUUGCUGCGCACAACCAGCCCGAGCUCGAAAAGAUCCGCGUGCACACAGGCUUCUGGACCGCGUACAACACGGUGCGCGCCGACCUCCAGCGCGCGGUGAGCGAGACGCUGAAAGAGAUGGGCCGCGACGUCCAGCUCUACUUUACGGGCCACUCGCUCGGCGGUGCGCUCGCGACGCUUGCGUCGUUUGAUGUUGCGUACACGACCAACUUGGACGUCGUCAUGUACAACUUUGGCUCACCCCGCGUCGGCAACCACGCGUUUGCCAAGGUGUAUAACAAGCUCGUGCCCAAUGCGUAUCGCAUCGUCAACGACGGCGACGCGGUCGUCGGCAACCCCAAGCGCGUCUUGCACGCCUAUUGCUCGCGCAAUUUGCGCUACAAGCACGUGGGCACCGUCAUCUUGCUCUCGUCGCGCGCGUCCGGCGUGUUUGUGCUCGACCCGAACAUUGUCGAGAUGGCGUUCAUCGCCAAGCUGCGCAACAACGGCCUCUCGCACCUCAUGUCGAGUUACCAGGUCAUGCUCAACAAGGGCGUUGACUGGAUCAACCGCGAAGAACUCCAGAAGCUCGCCAAGGAGGCCAAGCUCGGCGCCGACUCGGAGCGCACGCCGCUCAUGUACGCCUAGUCGAUUCUCUAGACGGGAUAAGAACUCGGAUGUUGCAAACUUGAUGGUGUUGAUACAAUGGCUUUGCCGAUGUCGUCGCCACGAGGUGGCCCUUUGGAGAGGCACGUCGGUCUCGGCUUGCUUGCCUUGGCUGGUGUGCGUCGAGUCG